AAAAUUGUACGUCUUACAUAUCUACUACGUAUUUUCUGUAGACUCUUUAGAUGUAAAUUGUUAUCUCUGCCUAACCUGCGCACGGGCAAACAAUGCAAUUUGUAACUUGGUCAAAAUCCGAGAGCGUAAUCUGGGAAAACUCCAUUGUAAGAUGUACAUAUGUCUCAUUCCUUCGUAUGACCCAUAAAAUAUCAGCAAUAAGCGAUCUAGAGAGGUAAGAAAUAGUUUCACACGAAGCAUAUGAUCGCAAAAUAAAGUAUGUAAGGUGUGCCAAAAAAUUGACUUGAUACGAUAAGUGGUACAAUUCGAGGGUAAUGAUUAAUUGAUUCGAACUCGAACAAGCAAAAUAUUUCUGCAUAAUUAAGUUUAUUCCAGUUACUCUCAAACCCCUGAAUUCACGGGCUCACAAAAUUUAGCCAGCAUAUAAGCUACAUAUGUAUAUUUGCAUCCAUGUAUGCACAAGUUCUGUAUGUACUGAAAAUUGCAAUUGAAAGCAAAUGAUAAAUUGAGAUAAGUUGGACAAUUGUGAUAAUUGUGAUAAGAACCCUCAAUUAAAAGAUAACUAACGAUGGAGGUGUCAUAGCGUUUGCUCACCGAAUUUGUGUCAGACGAUCACGAAUUUAAUUCGCAUCACAUUUACAAGGGAUAGAGUUGAACAAAGUGCGCAGCAAAUGUGUAAAGUGCAAAAUUUUGUCAACUUUUGUUCGAGAAGAUAGAAUUCAAAUACAUGUCUGCCGAGUAAACAGAAAGUUUUGUUUGCAAAUCUCCUUAGCAUCAAAUUUGUGAUCGAUUGAUAUUAAUUUCGUCGAAAUCCGAGGCCAUUCGCUGGGAGACCUCCAUUCAAAAUUUAGGAUAUUCAUCCAAGUUGACCAUGAUAAGUCUCCUUUCUGUGUGUCAACUGCCUUCUUGCAAUGACGACGUUGCUGGAUUCCGUGGCUAAUAACUACAGAGGUUUGACAGAUAAUUAAGAUUAUCGACAAGAAUAGUCACGUCUAAAAAACAAUCCGAGAGUCACAUUUUUCACGCGCAUUUUUUGAAGUAAUUGCAAAUUAUUCGCACGAUCCUUGAUUUAACGGUAAUACUCAGGAAACUAAAACUACUAAUGUGGAGAUACGAUUGACUACGAGAAUAGCUCGUCAUGGGGUCAAAUUUACUUCAAAACCAUGCUACUACCCGGACUUCGAUUACGGAGUACUUAUCGUCCUUACAGUUCGAAAGUUGCUUAGGGUCUGGAGCAUUCGGCUUAGUGUUAAAAGCAACAAAUCGUGAGCACGGAUCCCAGACGGCUGUAAAAUUUAUACUUCGACCCGAAAUGGAAGGAACCGAACAGAAGCAAAUCCUGCGAGAAUGCAGCUUCAAAACGCUCGACCACCACGAAAACAUUGUGAAGGUUAUGCAUACAAUUGAAGAUGUCUUCACUUUAUCUCUGAUAAAUGACAUAUUACCGGACAAAUUGUUCACAAAUGCUGCACAAAAAAUGGUCAAGGACCUCUUCCUUGCGAGGCUAACCCGCCCCAUGGAGCUUCCUGGAGUCCUUAUCCAGAUGGAACUGUGCGGCGAGACUUUAAGGCAAUGGCUCUACCAGAAACACGAUAAGUCGGAUUCAUUAGUACACCAUCAACAAUAUGCAAUCGUUAAAAACCUGAUCGACGGGUUGGUCCAUUUGCAUAAAAAUAAAAUUCUGCAUCGCGACCUAAAACCGGAAAACAUUAUGUUCUCCAAGACAGGAUUUAUACUUCCGGUGAAAAUCGGAGACUUUGGCCUUUCUCGACAUUUACACUAGGAGCAAAGUCGAACUAAUCCUCUUACAAGUAGGAUUGGAACGUUCGACUAUAUGGCCUUUGAAUGUCGACAAAAUGAGUACGGUUUUCCGGCAGAUAUUUUCUCGUUGGGGUUAAUAAUUUGCGAUGUGGCUCAGCUCAUUGAGUCAAAUAAAAGGAGCACAAUGUUCGAUAGACUUGUGAACGACAAGGAGGACAGCUUGAUUACAUUACAUCCGCAAAUUGGGGGGUUACGCGAACUUAUCAUAGCGUUGACGAAAAAAAGUGCUUCAGACAGGUUUCAACAAUUGGAGCAGGUUCAAAAGGUAUUUGCACAAAAGGAAUUAUGUGACUCGAAGGAGGGCCACCUUCUGACUGCGAGGAAUGGGGAGGAACUACGCAAAUUAUUAAAAGGGGCGACACCAGGAUCAAAAAUAUUUUUGAUUGAGGCAGAAUAUGACGGAAAUUUUGUCGUAGAAGGUGAAAGCAUUACUAUUGUUGGGAAGGGAGAGAAGACUGUCUUCACAAAUUCUGGUUCUAAUAGUUUUGUCGUGAAGGGAAUGGGCCACAGAAUUUUAAACCUUAAAAUUUCCAAAAGUGGGGAGCAUGCUGGAUUUAAUUGCUUGAGAGUAGAGGGUGACAUGAAUUCUUUUAGUGAUCUCAUACUUAUUGGUGGAGCAUAUUCUGUUAAAAUAAAAGGCAAUGACAACAAACUUGAUAAGAUACAGGUAUCGGUAGCUAUAAAAGGAAUACAUAUCACUGGGUCCCGAAAUACUAUCGACGAUAUCUGCCUUACAGGAGACACAACUUUAUUCGACAUCAGUGUACCAGAAACGACCGAUUUUUUCAAGAAUUUAGUCGCCACAUUUUCCAACAUUAGAUCAAACCGUGAUUGCAUUUUGUCUGAGGGUAUGUAUAACAAAUUUUCCCGCGUAACCUUCCAAGGAGAUUUUACGCUAGGGAUAAUUUUUAUUUUGAUGCGAGCGAAUUUCAACAGUAUAGAAAAUUGUACCAAUGAUUCCUUCUCACGCCUUAUUCUCAAUAUCGAAUCGGACAAUGUGGCAGCAAGCAAUAUAAACUGCCACGGAAUUAAUAUCAGUGGCAAUAAUAUUAGUUUGACUAAGGCAACCAACCUUGAAAGGAUUACAAUUUGUUCCAAAUGCGGUGGCGUAGAAUUGACUAAUUGUUCUGCCAUGGUUCUUGCGGCGACCAAAAAUGUGCUGCUUAGAAAUUCAGUAUUUGGUAGAUUGGAGCGACCUACAAUUUAGUAAUUAGGUUGUCCUUACGUUUAGUGUGACUAAAUAUUUUGAACAACAUUGUAUCGACAUAUUUGAAAGGGGUAUCGCUCAUAAUAAAGCCAGUGGCAUGAUACAUAAAUAAUUAUCUACGUUGUAAAUGUAUGUAUGUACUGAUGUAUGUAAUCAGUAAUUUGGAUGUAUAUUUACAUUGUUGAUUUGUAUUGUAGUUAAAUCUCAACUAAAGUGUAAGUUCAUUUAAAAUUGAUUUAAAUUUGAAAUUCAUUAUAAAUCCACAUAUUGUGUAUAAGCAAAUCGAUAAUGAUAUUUAGCGAAUAUGUACCUAUUCACUAUGGAUCAGCGGCGUAGCCAAGGGGGGGGCUAGGGGGGCUUGAGCCCCUCCCCCCCCAGAGCCCGAGGAAAUAAAAAAAAAAUACUUAAAAAAUCGCGAAAAAUUAAAAAAAAAUAAAAAAAUAAAAAAGGAGGUUACGUAUGAAGUUACAUAUAUAUGUUACAAAUCAGGGGAAUUCGUACCCUUAGUAUUUUUGUAUCGAAAAAUAAGUUACGACAGCUAAUAGAUUUUAUAAACGUCGUAAAAUUGAACUUAAAAAUCACACUACUGACAAUACGCAUGUACACUGGAGAGCAGAUGUCAUCGCCCAAGAGAAAGCUUGCGGUUAGAUUGCUUGUAACUUUUUUAAAAUAAGAAAUUUUCCAGAAGUUUUUUUUGCGUUUUGUAGACAAUUUAAUAUUCAACAAAUUUGUAUCAAAUAGUCUACAUAAACGUUUAUAGUUUUCAUCACAAGUGAGUAGAUUUGAUAAAAAGUAAAAACAGCCGGUGCAAAAGUGAUCGCCAAAAUGAAUAAAACAUUUAAUAUUUCUGCAAUUUUCAAUUUUAAAGUAAACCAUUAACAAUUAAUAUGUUGUUGGACGUCCAUUAGAAAAUAUGACAGCCUAUCAGCGACGUUGCAUGGACGCAACCAAUGUCUUAGUGACACCAGGUUUGACGUCACUCAACAAGGCUUAGAUUUUUGAUUUCACGUCAGCUUUGCUUGAAAUUUAGCGUUCUCGGAUCUCUAAAUAUAUGUUCCUAUGCACCUAUGUUCAGUAGGACUGAGAUCUAGUCCUUGUGGAGGCCAUUCGAGAACAUUAAUCUUAUUGGUCAAAAGAAUUCAUAGGUGGACUUGGCCGUGCGUUUAGGGUCGCGGUGCUACUAACAGGUGUAGCGCCAUCCAAGGUCUAGUUUUGCUGCUAAUUGUUAACCAUUUCUCUUUAGUAGGUCUUGGUACAUAAUUUGGUGCUUGGUGAAUUGAUGAAUUCGUGCGUACCGUCCCCAGCGGAGCUGAACACUCCCAUAUCAUGCCGCAUCCUCCGCCAUCAUUCAAGGUGUCGUUGUGAUUUUUUAAUUUGUCAGAUUCUCCGACUUUUCUCCAUACUCGAACCCUUCCAUCCGACCCUAAAACAUUAAGUUUACCCUUAGCAGCCAUUAGAGUGAUUCCCAAAAUUUUUAAUCGUUAUUUGUGUGUUGCCUUGCAAAUCUAACAUUUUCUUCUAGUGCGUUUUUGAUAUGUAGGCUUCCUCCUGGCUCCAUAAUUUUUUUGAGCACUGUUUUUCAAUACUCUCCAGCUUGCCCAACCACUAAAUACUUCCAACAUCAUUUUCUAUUUCACCAGAAAUCUUGGGAGACGAAGGUUUUAGAUUUGUGGUCACUUUUCGAGCAAAUAUUUUCUACUCGCGCGUGAUGAAACUUGGUGGACGUCCUCCUCGUUGUCUGUUUUCGAUAGAUCCCGUUAAUUUGUAACGUGAAAUGAUGUCACGGACAGUUGACGAGAUUUUUUGACCAAAUGAGCUAAUUCUUCUUGCGUCUUCCCCCUAUUUUCGUAAUGCUGAAUGACCAGAUCCCGAAUAACGAUUGUUGUUUCAUUAUUGCACAUUUUCUCCUCGCAUACAUUUUCUUAUUUGGAGAGGAAUUAUUUU